AUGAUCAAAAUCUAUCGUCUUUUCAAUGUGAGACUACUUCGUGCCCAACAUCGACCGUGUUCUUCGAAAAAACCUGAUGACCUUUCGUUGGACAAGGAUUUGAAUGAGCUGAAUGAACGGUUGAAGAAAGAUUUUCAAAAAACAAUCGACACCGAGGCUCCGAUCACUAAAAACUACAUGAACUUUCGACAGGAUAAAGAGCGAGAAGCGCAUAAAAGAAGCGGGAUCUUCAGCUGGAAAGUUGCAGCUGCAACGCUGAUGAUCGGUGGCACGUGUUUAGCAGCUCUACUCUACGUUAAAAAGAUGAGAAUAGAUGAACGGGAAAAGCACAGAAAAAUGACGGCUGGAAAGGCGCGGAUUGGAGGAGAGUGGGAACUGGUGAAUACAGAUGGAAAAUUGGAAGGUUCUGAGCAACUUCGAGGCAAUUGGUUGCUGUUGUACUUUGGAUUCACGAAUUGCCCAGACAUCUGUCCGGAUGAAAUCGAGAAGAUGAUUAAGGUGGUUGAUCUAAUAGAGGCGAAGAAAGAGGACAAUAUCUCAAUAAAACCGAUCUUCAUCUCUGUGGAUCCGGCAAGGGACACCGUGCAACGCGUGAAACAAUAUUGUUCCGAGUUCUCCCCAAAAUUGAAUGGAUAUACCGGGACAAAAGAACAAGUUGGAAAGGUGGCGAAGACGUUCCGCGUUUAUCACAGUGAAGGCCCAAAAACGACCGAAGAUGAUUACAUCGUUGAUCAUACGGUGAUAAUGUAUUUGAUCGAUCCCGAGGGUAAUUUCCACGAUUAUUACGGACAAAAUCGAAAAGCCAACGAAAUCGCCGAUAUUAUUCGACUCAAGGUAAUCGGCUUCGAAGCGGCACAGAAAAAGAAGAGCUUCUUAGGAUUC